AUUUAAGUGAUUUUCUAGCAUGGACACUGUUGCCAGCCAUAGUUGUCAUCUUCUCCAGCAACUACAUGAACAGCGCAUUCAGGGUCUUCUCUGUGACUGCAUGCUGGUGGUAAAAGGUGUCUGCUUCAAAGCACACAAAAAUGUAUUAGCUGCUUUCAGUCAAUACUUCAGGACCCUUUUCCAGAAUUCUUCAGGCCAGAAGAAUGAUGUCUUUCACCUGGACAUUAAAAAUGUAGGUGGGAUAGGCCAGAUCUUGGACUUCAUGUACACAUCUCACCUGGAUCUUAGCCAGGACAAUGUACAGGCUAUGUUGGAUAUUGCACAGUGUCUCCAAGUGCAAAAUGUGCUGAACAUUUGCCACACCUUUUUAAAAUCUGCAGCUGUAGAGCAAACACCCAGCAUGCCUUGUAAUAGCAUAUUUUCGCUGCAGAAUACUUUGACUGCCGAUACUAGCUGUGCCAAUGACGGUUAUGGAACAAACCUAUUGCAUGAAUGUUCAUCAGACACACAAGCUAAUAAAGUCUUGGCUGACCACCAUUCUCAGACAUCACAGUCUGUCAAUCUUCAUGCACCCUCAGGUGAUGUACAGAAACAACCACAAGACUCCUUAGAUGGCAACUGCACAGAGCUUCCAUUUAAACAACCAAAUUACUAUUAUAAACUACGCAACUUUUACAGUAAGCAGUUCUAUAAGCAAAAUGCUUGCUCUAAUCAUGAGAGAGAGGCAGAACAAUCCUUUUCUUACAACACACCUGCAGAAAUAAACACAGUAGAGAGUAAUUCUUGUACUGUCAAUCACACUGAAUGUGUUCUGGAAACCUCUGAUCAUUUACCAUCAAACUUUCUGGUUCAGUCUGUGAAUGAAGCUGCUCCAGACCAAGAUGCAGAUAGCACGCUUAUGCAGCCCACCAAACAGAUGCGUCUGAAAAAGGCAAUACACCUAAAAAAGUUAAAUUUUCUAAGAUCUCAGAAAUCUGCAGAGCAGCUGCCUGAGCCUAAAAGAGAUGACAGUAGAAUAAUAGGAGUAAUUGAAUCUGUAAAUGAAAGUUCCAUGGACAUGACAAAUGUUAGAGUUACUGAAGAAAAAGAAGCUGAAGAUUUAGUGAAUUCUGAGAAUUUUGAACAAACUGUUGAAAUUGAAAGAUCUCAAGAGCCUUUGGAACAAGAAGGGCAAUCACAGACUCUUCAGUCUCAGAGGCAAUAUACUUGUGAAUUAUGUGGGAAAGCUUUCAAACAUCCCAGCAAUCUAGAGCUUCAUAAAAGGUCUCAUACAGGUGAGAAACCUUUUGAAUGUAACAUUUGUGGGAAACACUUCUCACAG